CCCAACCCAGCGCACAUGCGCCGCGAUCUGACCCGGAAGAGGCUGUCUUCAGAGCCCACGUGUUCCAGAAACAUGGCGCAGACGGAGAAUCAGGACGACGCUGAGCCUAUGUCUCCUGGAGAGGCGAUGAAGAGCGGCGCCCGGCCCGCCGACCGUCAGGGCCUGCUGAAGCACAGCCGCGAGUUCUUGGACUUCUUCUGGGACAUUGCGAAGCCGCAACAGGAGACGCGGCUUCAGGCCACGGAGAAGCUCCUGCAGUAUCUGCGCACCAGACCAGAGGGAUCCGAGAUGAAGUACGCCCUGAAGCGCCUGAUCACUGGGCUCGGGGUUGGACGAGAAACCGCCCGGCCCUGCUACAGUCUGGCCCUGGCCCAGCUGUUACAGUCUUUCGAAGACAUCCCCUUGUGCAGCAUCCUGAAACAGAUAGAAGAGAAACAUGACCUACAGAAAAUUAAGAAGGCCAUGAUGAGACCCGCUCUCUUUGCAAACCUGUUUGGGGUGCUAGCCCUCUUUCAGUCGGGCAGGCUGGUGAAGGACUCAGAGGCACUGAUGAAGUCGGUGAAGCUGCUGCAAGCCCUGGCCCAGUACUACAACCACUUGCAGGAGCAGCCCCAGAAGGCCCUGGUGGACAUCCUCUCUGAGGUCCCAGAGGCUAUGUGGCAGGAGAUCCUACCGAAGGUCCUCAAAGUCGACUUGAAUUCAGUACUUGCCUCCCCUGAGCACCUGGAGCUCUUCCUCUUGGCCCAUCAGAAGGUGCCCGCGAAGCUUGAGAAGCUGAUGGGAUCGGUCGACCUCUUCUCAGAUGAGAAUAUCCCCAGACUGGUGAUUGUGCUGAAGAUGGCCGCUGCCUCUGUGAAGAAGGAGCGCAAGCUGCCCACUGUGGCUCUGGACCUGCUUCGCCUAGCACUUGAGGAGGACAAGUUCCCACGGUUCUGGAAGGAAGUUGUGGAACAAGGGCUACUACAGAAGCAGUUCUGGCCAGCCAGCUACCUGUGUUUCCGACUGCUGGGUGCGGCCCUGCCUCUGCUGUCCAAGGAGCAGCUACAGCUGGUGAUGCGAGGGGACCUGAUCCGACAUUACGGGGAACACAUGGUCACUGCUAAGUUCCCGAACCAGUUCAAGUUUGCUCCAGAGAUGAACGAGUAUGUGGGAACCUUCCUGGAAGGCUGCCGGGAUGACCCCGAACGGCAGUUGGCCGUGAUGGUGGCCUUCACAUCCCUCACCAAUCAGGGCCUCCCCGUUGUGCCGACCUUCUGGCGGGUUGUGCGAUUCCUGAGUGCCCCCGCCCUCAAGGGCUACGUGGCCUGGCUGCGGGACAUGUUUCUCCAGCCCGACCUGGACUCCUUGGUGGAUUUCAGUACCAGCAACCAAAAGAAAGCCCAGGAUGCUUCACUCCAUGGGCCUGAGCGGGCUGUGUCCCGGCUACGGAAGUGGGUCAUCCUCCGCCUGGUCAGCAUCGUGGACAGCCUGCACAUGGAGAAGGAGGAGGCCUUGAUCGAGGAGGUGGCCAGGUUUUGUUUCUUCCACUCGUUCUUUGAAACAAAGAAGCCCACGUCCCAGAUCCCAGAAACUGGGCAGCAGUUCUCCUUCCCUAUGGAUGGCCGGGCCCGAGAGGUAGUCAGCGGUGCUUUCUUCAGCCUGCUGCAGACCCUCAGCACGCAGUUUAGGCAGGAGCCGGAGCAGACCCAGGGCAGGCAGUCCUGGACCUACCAGCUGGUACAGUUUGCAGACAUGCUGUUGAACCACAGCCGCAACGCGGCCCCCCUGACACCCUUUACUACGAAGCAGCGCCAGGCCUGGGACCGGAUGCUGCAGACUCUGAAGGAGUUAGAGGCUCGCUCCUCGGAGGCCAAGGCCACUGCUUUUCAGCACCUGCUGCUCCUCGUGGGCAUCCACCUCUUCAAGUCCCCCACAGAGAGCUGCGACCUCCUAGGUGACAUCCAGACCUGCAUCAAGAAGAGCCUGGGGGAGAAGACCCGACAGACCCGCUCCAAGGCCACCAACCCCCAGGAGCCACCAUGGGUAGAGGUGCUGGUGGAGAUCCUUCUGGCCCUCCUGGCCCAGCCCAGCCACCUGAUUCGCCAGGUGGCCCGGAGUGUGUUUACCCACAUCUGUUCCCACCUGACUCCACGUGCCCUGCAGCUAAUCCUGGACGUGCUAAACCCAGAGCAGAGCCCCGACGAGGACGACAACGUAGUGGUCAUGGACGAUUCCGAAAAGCAGCUGGAGGACGAGGAGGACAAGAGUUCCGACGGCGAGGACAAUAAGAACUCGGCGAGUGAGGAGGAGAGUGACGAGGAGGAGAGCGACGAGGAGGACCGCGACGGGGAUGUGGACCCUUGCUUCCGGGAGCAGCUGAUGGCCGUGCUGCAGGCAGGGAAGGCGCUGGGUGGAGAGGACGACGACGACGACGAGGAGCUGGGGGAUGAGGCCAUGAUGGCGCUGGACCAGAACCUUGCCAGCCUCUUUGCCGAGCAGAAGUUGCGCAUCCAGGCCCGGAGGGACGAGAAGAACAAGCUGCAGAAGGAGAAGGCGCUCCGGCGGGACUUCCAGAUCAGGGUCCUGGACCUGAUCGAGGUGCUGGUGACCAAGCAGCCCGCGAACCCGCUGGUCCUGGAGCUGCUGGAGCCGCUGCUAAACAUCAUCCGGCGCAGCAUGCGCACGAGCAGCACCAAGCAGGAGCAGGACCUGCUCCACAAGACGGCGCGCAUCUUCACGCAUCACUUGUGCCGCUCCCGGCAUUACUGCCGUGACGUGGGCAACUGUGUGGAGACGCUGUAUACCCAGGUGGAGCGACUGGUGCAGCAGGCUGGCCGCCAGGCCGACUCCUCCAUCUCCCUCUACUACUUCAACGCUUCUCUCUACCUGCUCCGGGUCUUGAAGGGCAACACUUCCGAAAGGUCCAUCUGCAAGACCCCGAAGAAGGAGAAGGCAGGCACUGACACCAGCACCAAGGCCAAGGUCCCCAAGGUGGCCCAGGCUACCAGCUGCUUGGAUUUAAGCCUCGUGACCCCAAUCUACUCAUCAGCACUGAGAUCCUUCCUGACCAAGCGCAACAGCCCGCUCACCGUCCCCAUGUUCCUCAGCCUCUUCUCCCGGCACCCGAUGCUCUGUAAGAGCCUGCUCCCCAUUGUGGUCCAGCAUGUGACAGGCCAAACGCGGCCCCGCCACCAGGCCCAGGCCUGCCUGCUGCUCCAGAAGGCCCUGCCCAUUCGGGAGCUGAGACUGUGCUUUGAGGACCCUGAGUGGGAGCAGCUGAUUGGCCAGAUCCUGGCAAAGGUCACUGAGAACCUGCGGGCGCUGGGUGAGGCGCAGACCAAGUCGGAGCACCUGAAGGAGCGGUCCUCCUUGGAGCUACUCAACACUCUUUUCCGGAUCAUUAAUCACGAGAAGCUCACCGUGGACCUGACCGGUGUCCGGGGCGUGCUGCAGAGCCAACAGCAGAAGCUGCAGCAGAGGGUGCAGCAGGGGGAGCACUCGACCGGUUCCUGCCGCCUCUAUGACCUCUACUGGCAGGCCAUGAGGAUCCUCGGAGUCCAGCGCCCCAAGUUGGAGAAGAAGGAUUCCAAGGAAGGCCCCACGCAGAGCCCCGUUAGCAUGAAGCGCAAGAAAAAGGGAUUCUUGCCAGAGACCAAGAAGCGCAAGAAACGGAAGUCGGAGGGUACCACGCAAAAGGAGGAUGCCACGCCUGCAGCCACCAGUGGGGACCAGCCCCCCAGCACAGGCAAGAGGAAGAGGAAAAGGAGGAAGGCUAAGGUCGCAGCGGAAGCCCAAGUCAAUGGGAUGCCUGAGGCCAAAAGUCCUGCAGCCCAGAGUCCAGCCCCAAAGCCCCCCACCACGAGCCCCAACACCCCUGCCAAGACCCCAAAGCGACACAAGAAAAACCGGAAGCUGUCCCAGGUGAAUGGAGCCACUCCCAUGUCCCCCACGGAGCCUGCUGUUGAAAAGCAGCAUCAGAAGGAGCUGCCCACAAAGGAGGUCUCAGGCAAGUCGCCACAGCCCGCGCUGCAGUCGGCGCUGCCACGGAAAAAGGCAAGAUUGUCCCUGGCCAGCAGGAGCCCCAGCCUCUUCCAGAGCGGGGCCAAGAAAAAGAAAGCACAGCUGAGGAAGGGGAGCAAGCCCUGAGCGCAGGCCCUGCCCCUCAGCCCGUCCCCGCCAGCCCCAGAGACUCCUGGUUUUUCACCACGAUUUUAAUAAACAAGCCACUGUGUGAGGUGCUGACUUGAGGUGCUGACUUCUGGCACUGGGGGGAGAGGGUCUGUCACCAGCCUGCUGGGACGUCCUACUGCAGCAAGUGCAAGCCAAGUCCUUUUCCGCAUGGUCCCAGGGAGGUGCAGAGACCCCGGCCCUGGGCGGGCCUGUUUCUUCGCCCAGAACACACUUGACCUGUACAGGGCUGGGAACUUGGCUCCCAGCAGUAUGCGCCAGGUCCAGGGCUCAUGUUCAGUGAGUCAGCGCAGGUAGAUGCCACCCGUGCAGUGCUGCCACCACCCUGCCUGAGCACAGGUGUGACCACUCCUUGUACCCCCCAC